GUCAGUGCAACACUAUUCGCUUGACAAAACAGUCACUUUGAUUUGUGCACUGUAGGGUUUCAAACGAUUUUCAUAAGACUGACGUCAGAACAAUUCAAUAUAUUCUGAUUUUAAAUAAACUUAUUGAUAAGAAUCGAGUACACGUACCACAAUCGUAUAAAUGUAGUUUAUGUUAAGUGAUUGAAUACGUAAGCUCAACGAGAUAAUCACAAGAGAACUGAGAGAUAUCGACACGGAGCGGUUUUAAUAUUCACGGAAUAUUACGAAAAAGAAUCUCAAUUGACACACAACUACCAAUGAAUUGUGAUUUUAAAUAAAUAAUACACCAUCAAUUAUACCGGCUGACGAGCUUAGACACAAGUAUCGUUUUACUUUCAAGGCAAAUACGGUCAACCAUGGUUUUGUUGUUGUACCGUCGUUUGUUUAUUGUUAUCAUACUGACAUUCAAUGGUUUCGUGGCACGUCAAGUUUAUAGCAAGGGAACACAGCGAAAGAACGUACUCUUUUUAUUAGCUGACGAUGGUGGCUUUGAAAUGGGAGCAUAUCGGAAUCGAAUGUGUCAAACACCAAAUCUCGAUUCAUUGGCCAAAAGAAGUUUGAUAUUUAACAAUGCUUUUGCAUCAGUUUCGAGUUGUUCACCGAGUCGAGCUUCGAUUUUAACCGGUACGCCCAGUCACCAAAAUGGUAUGUACGGUCUGCAUCAGGGUGUUCAUCAUUUCAAUGCCUUUGAUUCGGUAAAAAGUUUGCCAACUAUUUUACGUGAAAAUAAAAUAACAACUGGAUUAAUCGGAAAAAAGCACGUUGGACCAUCGAGUGCCUUUACAUUCGACUAUGAACGCACUGAAGAAACCUAUUCGAUUAACCAAGUUGGCCGAAAUAUAACAAAAAUUAAACUUUUUGUCCGAGAUUUUUUGGCGCAAAAUGGAUCAAAUCCAUUCUUUUUGAUGGUGUCUUUUCAUGAUCCACACCGUUGCGGCGAUGUAACACCACAAUAUGGAAGUUUUUGUGAACGAUUUGGUUCGGGUGAAAUUGGAAUGGGUUUAAUUCCAGAUUGGCAUCCGAUUUAUUAUCAAUGGGAUGAAUUAGAUUUACCAUACUACGUACCAGAUACGGAACCAGCACGACGGGACAUUGCCGCUCAAUAUACAACCAUUUCACGUUUGGACCAAGGUGUGGGUUUGGUGAUAAAAGAAUUAGAAGCUGCUGGACAUCUGGAUGACACUCUAAUCAUCUACACAUCGGACAAUGGACCACCGAUGCCAUCGGCUCGCACAAAUCUUUAUGAUCCAGGUGUACGUGAACCAAUGUUUAUAUCAUCACCCGACAACAUACAACGUCGAAAUCAAGUUACAUAUUUCAUGACAAGUCAUUUGGAUAUCUUACCCACUGUACUCGAUUGGUAUAAAAUUGAACCGGAAUAUAAUAUGGACCUAGAGCGGAAUUUGUUGCAAAAAUCUGUAUUGACGGGACGUACGUUAUUACCGUUGCUUGUAAAAGAACCAGAUGAUGAUCCUGAGGCAGCGGUUUUUGCAAGUCAAAGCUAUCAUGAAGUAACAAUGAACUAUCCCAUGAGAUCUAUUAGAACAAAACGCUAUAAACUCAUUCAUAACUUGAAUUACCAUGCUCCGUUCCCAAUUGAUCAAGAUUUUUAUGUUUCACCAACGUUUCAGGAUAUUUUAAAUCGAACGAUCAACAAACAACCAUUGCCAUGGUAUAAGACCCUUGGCCGUUAUUACAAUCGUGAUGAAUGGGAAUUGUUUGAUCUCAAAUAUGAUGCCGAUGAGCUGAUAAAUAUUGCUGAAAAGCCAUCGAUGAAGGAGAUCCGGUCAACGUUAGAGAAACGUUUGAAUGCGUGGUUAGAAGAGACACAAGAUCCAUGGCGGUGUGCACCACAUGCAGUUCUUCAAGAUAAGGGAGAUUUUAAAAACAAUCCGCAAUGCAUGACUUUGGGCAUAUAAUAAUAAAACUCAUUGUUUUCAAAA